AUGGCGGCCCCGGUGGUGGGUCGGGCUGGGGGACGUGAGGGGGCGGAGACCGGGUCUCGGGUGCGCCCGGCGCAGCUAAAGCUGUGGUCGCACAAUGCCAGGGGCCUUAAUAUCCCGGAGAAACGCUCCCAGUUGCUGCGUCAGCUCUGGGCGGAGAGGGUGUCCGUGGCGUUCCUGCAGGAGACGCACUUCGUGAGUGGGGCCCACCCCAAGCUCGGAAACAACCGAUUUCCACAAGGAUACUAUGCAUGUCACCCAGACGCCAAGAAGACGGGCGUCGCAAUCCUUUUCUCACAUUUGAUCCCGUACCAACACAAAGAAUUACUCACAGACCCAGGCGGGAGAUACCUAUUCCUCAAGGGUACCAUAGCGGACCACGCCUACACGUUCGCCUGUGUCUAUAGCCCGAACCGAGCACAACACACCUUCCUAGCCAAAACGUUAGCGAAACUAGAACGAUUUAGGGAGGGAUUUGUGGUUCUGGCGGGUGACCUGAAUCUGCUGUUGGACCCGCGGGUGGAUUCCUCGAAGGGCUCUAGCGCCAUACCCACACACUGUCUUCACAAGGCCAGACGGGCCCUUAACUCGGUAGGGUUGGUCGACAGCUGGAGGGUUACCCACCCUGAAGAGAGGGAUUAUACCUAUUAUUCCCCUACACAUAAGCAGUAUAGCCGUAUUGACUACAUCUUUCUGCCCCAGGAAUUCCUGACACAACUCCAGGGCGCCGCAAUAGGGACCACGUGCCACCUGGACCAUGCCCCGGUCACGGUGCAGAUGCGCUCGCCUCUAUUCAAACCAGCAGACCGUCAAUGGAGGCUCAAUGAGACGUUACUGUCGGACCUCGAGGCGCGCUCCACAGCCCAACAACUCCUUACCCAAUAUUUUGCAGACAAUGAUUCCCCGGAUGUGGCACCACUAAUGGUAUGGGAGGCGCACAAAUGUGUUUUGAGGGGACACUUUAUCUCCAUAGGUACCAAGCGUAAGAAGGAGAAAGCGCACCGUAUAGCAGAACUCCUGAAGACGGUAGCAACGCUGGAGAACACGCACAAACAGACUGUAGACGAUGACACAUACCUCCAAUUGACGAAUGCACGGAAGGCACUCCGGGACCACCUCUCCCAGGGACACUUACUCACCCUAAGGAAGUCGGCCCGGUUUUUUUACGAGUACUCUAAUAAGUGCGGCAAACUCUUGGCCAGAAUGAUCCGGAAACAGAGGAGAUCAUCUCACAUUCAUAAGAUAUGUACCCGAGAGGGUAGGAUCCACAGCAUGCCUACUGGAAUCAUGGGAGCCUUUCGGGCCUACUAGACGGACCUCUACAACUCACGGACAGGUACCCGAGAAGCCUCAGAACAGCACAGGCGGAGGGGAAUCGCCGAAUAUCUAGAUACCAACGUAACCCGCAGACUGUCACCGGAGCUUGCCGAAGAAAUGGAGUGCCCCCUGACGCUGGAGGAGCUCAACGCAGCCUUGAAACGGUCCAAACCACAUAGGGCCCCAGGACCAGAUGGCUUUCCGCUCGCCUAUCUCCGAACGUUCCAGGACACGCUCCUACCGCGCCUUUUGAUGGGUCUGAACUCCUUACGGGACACGGGGAGCUUCCCCGCGGACUCCCUAGCGGCUACAAUCACGGUCAUCCCCAAAGAAGGCAAGGACCCCGCUAAUUGUGCGAGUUAUCGGCCUAUCUCGCUAUUAAACGCGGACUUGAAGCUUUUCACUAAGGCCCUAUCCAUGAGGCUAAUGAGAAUCAUGCCGGAUCUUAUCCACCCGGACCAGGUGGGCUUCAUUCCGGGCAGGGAGGCGAGGGACGACACCAUAAGAGCGCUUAACAUUAUACACGUGGCUGGUAAGACCCAGAAAACUACGGUCCUCCUAUCAACUGACGCCGAAAAGGCGUUUGACCGGGUCGACUGGGUCUUUUUGGCUGAGACGCUGCGACACAUGGGCUUCGGGCCCUACAUGCGCGGUUGGGUUUCAGCCCUAUACACCACACCAACAGCAAGGAUACGCGUCAACGGGGCCCUGACAGAAGCCUUUUCCAUCGGCAAUGGGACCCGGCAGGGCUGCCCCCUGUCCCCCCCCCCUGUUUGCCCUCACCCUGGAACCGUUCCUGGAGGCGGUCAGACGGGAUGGGGGAAUAACGGGGGUUAGGAUAGGGAGCGAAGAACACAGGGUGGCAGCCUACGCGGACGACAUGCUCUUCUUCCUGGAGCAGCCCGUGGUCUCCAUACCAAACUUAUUACAAGCGUUUGCCGCGUAUGGUAAAGUGUCCAACCUAAAACUGAAUCUUGAUAAGUCGGAAGCCAUGCUGAUAACACGCGAGAGGGACCUUGCCGACCACCUCCGCUCCCAAUUUCCCUUUGCCUGGCGGGAAACAAAAGUCCGCUACCUGGGCACCUGGCUGCCGAAGGACCUCUCACUCCUGUACCAACUCAACUUCCUUCCUAUGCUCACAACUAUACAACAGGACCUGGCACGAUGGUCAGGACUGUAUCUCACAUGGUUCGGUCGCAUUAGCGCAAUCAAGAUGAAUAUACUUCCGAGACUGCUUUAUCUGUUUGCAACCCUGCCCACGCAGAUCCCACAGGAAUUCUUUCGGUUGGCAACCACGGUCAUACGCAAGUUUGUAUGGAACCAGAGACAGACGCGUAUCCGCCGGGCGACCCUAGAGCGCCCCAAGAUGGAAGGAGGAGUGGGGUUGCCAUCUUUACUCAUGUAUUAUCAAGCCGCGCACCUGCACAGGAUAAUCGAUUGUCACGCCCUCCCGGGACCAAAACGAUGGGUGACCCUGGAGAAGGAACAAACGCGAGGAGGCAUCCCAUCCAGACUCUGGCUGGGGAGUGCCACCUAUAGGGACCUUCAGACUACUAAUCCUAUCAUAGACGCCACACUGAGAGUCUGGUGUAAGCUGCGCUACGCCCGGCAGCUGACGACUUCCCCGAACCCCUUGACUCCCAUCACGUUUAAUCCAGACCUGGCAGGAGGAUUAUAUCCGGCGGCUCUUACACGCUUCCAAGCCUCGGACUGGAACUAUCUACAUCAAUGGAGCGAGGGUGGCAAGAUCAGAAGCUUACGGGACCUAAUGGGAGAUCGACUCCCCACGCCGUUGGACUCUUUCCAUUAUCACCAGAUAAAGGCAUAUCACGCCCACCUACCGGGGAAGGCCCAUAUACAUAGGCAGCUUACAGAGUUUGAACAACUAUGCACCGAUAGGAAACAUAUCGAACACGGUGUUUCCCGUAUGUAUAGGUCCCUCAUGCGGACGGCAGAUUCGGGUCCCUUGGGCUUCACCGGUAGAUGGGAACAAGAGACUGGAACCCAGUUGACGGAUCUAAAAUGGGAAAAAAAAAAAUCUUUCUGCUGACCCAUAAGUGCUCGAUUAGUUCCAAAUUUCAAGAAACUAGUUACAAACUUUUGACACGGUGGUACCGCACGCCUGAUACUCUUAGACACCUGACACAGGCGGACGUGGGGGAGUGUUGGCGAUGUGGGGUGGAACUAGGCUCAUACCUGCACAUUUGGUGGUCUUGCCCACACAUAGCUCCAUUUUGGCAGAUGAUUAAUAGUAAGAUCAGGGAGAUUACAGACACAGACCUCCCCUUCCAACCCUUGCAGAUGCUCCUGAACCAUACACCCACACCCCUGAGCAAAUACAAAAACUCGCUCACCAUACAAUUGCUCACCGCAGCCAAAACACUCAUACCCCUACACUGGAAGGCCCAGACAAUCCCCACAUAUAGACAGUGGGUGGAUAGAGUGGAAGCCAUCCACGAAAUGGAACUCAUGACGGCCUCCCUGCAGGAGCGCUCGGACAAGUGCGCCCUCAAAUGGUAUCCCUGGAGCUCCUACUUUGAGAAGGGUGCAGCAUGAGUAGCAGUAAGACCGAGGUCACACCGACUCAGGACGUAUUACACAGUAAGCCUAGUAGGACACCCAUAACCCUCGUCGGUCGCCAACACAACAUCUGACUCUUCCCGACAGAGAGAACUUGAGACCGCUCCAGACCAAUAGAUACAAAUAGGGUAAUAGGGUGACAAGACUAUAAGGUCGACAGCCCCUUACAUGAUACGGGAAGAACAGGAUAGGCACUUGUCGACACAGGCGGACAUCCGCCGGGAACACAGACGGGAGCCCUCCACCCCGAGGGUCCCACCAUUGGAGGUGGAGAUGCGGGUAACUAAACCAACACCAUCCUCCUGGACGAGACCCAUACCGAGUGAGGGGUCCCACAGAGUUAUACCCGUUUCCGAUAGGGUGUAGAGUGAGCCCCAUAGUCUUCACAGUGAGGUGAACUAAACCCCAGGAUGUAAGGCGAGAGGAAAGUUUGUAGCCCUAGAAUGGGUCCAUAUAACAUGGGCGAGUGGCCGGGUACAGGCCUCUAUACAAUGAACAACGCUACUCGAUGGGCGGAAAUUGUAGGUACGGUGUCUGCAAGCAAUGAUAGCAUAGAGCAUGUAAGCGUAGGACGGAUAGGGGAGGGGGUGGGAGGGCGGGGAUCAGACGGGAAGACCGCUGCAAGGGAAGGGAGGAAAAGGGACAAAUUGCCACACAACCGCUGUAAAGGGAAUGUUGACUUUUUUUUCAUAUUUCUCUGUUUCCUCACUGUAUAAUGCAUUUGAUUGGUAUCCUGUACAUGAUAUGUGAAACAAUAAUAAAAAGAGAAUGACAAAAAAAAACAAAAAAAAACCACUAACUCUGGCCAGCGUUUGUGACUAAGUGGCUACUACAAAAGGCUGGAAAUACCCCAUUUGGAAUACCUUGAGUUGUCUACAUUUGAAAAUGGUAUGCCAUGAUGGAGUUAUUUCACAUUCCUGGGCUACCAUAUGGCCUCAAAAGGUAACAAAGACCCAGCAAACCAAUCUGGCAAACUGAAUUGGGCAAGUCAUAUAUUAGGCAUAGGCAACCUUCGGCACUCCAGAUGUUUUGGACUACUCCUCCCAUGAUGCUUUGCCAGCAUUAUGGGUGUAAGAGCAUUAUGGAGGAUGUAGUCCACAACAUCUGGAGUGCCGAAGGUUGCCUAUGUCUGCCCUAUAUGGACCCUGUAACUUUCCAAAUCACCAUAAAACUUGUACAUGGUUGCUAUUGUUAUACUCAGCAGACUUCGCUGAACACAAAUAUGAGUUGUAACGGAUCACCUUCCGUUAAUGGAUGCUCCUAGUGCUUCCUGAGGACUCCAAACACUGCAGACACCACAACCACCGCAGACUCCACAACCGCCGUAGCUUAACUGGAGUCUCGCCUUCUUCCUUCCACCCUGUAUGAACCUCCAGCCUCCAGGACCGUGUGGGGAAGACCUCUCCUCCAAGGAGAACGUAACAGGAACAAGCUCUUAAAAGAGCUAAGUGAUUAAAGCUCAAGGGAGUAUGAAGAGCAUAGCAAUCCCUGUAGUGAUUAUAGCUGUCCCCUACAAACAUGAGUCAAGGCUACAAGUUAGAGGGUCAAGUCAUUCUGUUUAUUGACACCAAAAAAAGAACCUUAUUUUAUGCAAGUUUCCCUUAGAUAGGACCACCCACAGGGUUUUACAAAACAACCAAUCAUACACGUAGAUUACAGAAACACUCCCAGCAAUUACAUACAAAAAUCCUCCCCUUUGCCUGUGAUCUAAUUAUGGUACACAAUGGUUUAACAUAAUUAACACAGGCAGUAAAAAUACAGUUUUUAUACAUAUCCUGUAACUUUAAAACUACACAUCCAAUCUCCAUAAAAAUGACAUAUUUAGAAUCAGCACCCUUCAAAUAUAUACAUAACCAAUCAGCCAAAUCCAUCCAGGGGUUAAAAAGUUAGCUGGAGAUCCCUUUAUGACCAACCGCAAGCACAUUUUUGAGCUGAUAAAAAAACGACUAAGCCCCAUCACCGAAUGGGACUUAGUCUCUGCGGCUGAAAGUUCAGUAUGGGAGAAGGUAGGGCUCAGCGGUGUUCGCGGAAAUGUGUAGCCGAUUUUAGGUCCAUGAAUUUGGCUACACAUACCGCUGACCUCAUGCGAAUGAACAAAGAUGGCUGCCACCACGUGUUCGGCAGACGAACAAAGGCCACCCAGCAUUGUCAAUUAAGCUGCGGUUAACCGCAGCUUCUGGGAGGUAAAUUGCCGACACACUCCCAAUAUAGGUGGUCCGCCUGUGUGGUACUUGGUUCAGUAAGCCCCAUUUACUGAACCAAGUGGGAAAUAGCCAGGAACAAAGGGUUUUAACCAGGUCUGGGGACACUGGGGACACCGUCUUAAAGGGGCAGUGUCCCAAACAAGUCUGGGGGCAGUGUCCCAAUUUUCCCUAUGCCCCAAAAGGGUGCUUUAAAGGGCCAGCAUCAGUCCCAUAAAGAGUCCAUACGCCCCAAUAUGCCCACCGACUGUCUUAAAGGACCAGACACACCCAAUAAAAGUCCAUAAGUUUUCACAAUCUCCCAGGGGCCAUAGUCAUGCGGAAGGAGGCUGGCAAAUAGGCUUCUCCACAACCCAGGGAAGCAGGGCAAUUUGCCAUUUAAAUGGCCAGUUACUAAUAGCAGUUUGUAACAUGAGUGUUUACAACAGAAAAACUUAUCACGGCGAUGAAAUCACCAGCAAAAAUUCAGUUUUUGGAGGGUGGGGCCUGAGCUUCAUGGCGGCUGGACGCGUUUCAUGAGAGCUCCACAGUUAAAUGGAGAAAUAAGCGACAAUUAUAGCGUUCCAGCCAGCAAAAAGACAAACAAUGCAGCAUUCCUCGACCAGGAACUUACCAGGGUAUCCCGAUUCAUCCGCCUGUCUUCCAAGCUACACUCGCGUCAAGGGUACUGCCCGGGCCUGGAACAUGCGGCCUAGCAUGGAAGGCGGCCCCGUGAUCGGGAGAGGAGGCCGACCUCCCGAUACAGGAACCGCUCUAAGCAUUGAAUUUCCCGCCGCCCCGCACCCCCCAAACGUUUUAUUUACAUCGCUUCAUAUACUUAACGAGCCUGAAAAUACUCAUCUAUAUGUCAUACAGGAUAGAUAGGCCUAACACUAUUUCCUGCGUUUUAAUGCAUGUGCACAACUCUCGCACACUUGUUAUAACUCAAUGGCAAGCUAAUACCAUACUACUAGAAAACAGCUCUUACACGCUAUGUACCUGUUUUACUUAAAAAUACUAGCUUAACUCCACAUUUAUGACAUAUAGACCUAGCAUAAAGUAUAUGACAAGUACGCAAUUGCAUUCUCAUUAUCAUUUAUAUUGUUCCCUCCAACGUGAACUCAGUUAUUAAUCUUUGAAAUACACACUUGCGUCUGUAAACUCAUGUACUGAAUACUGAUAGAUAGAGAUAUAUAUAUAUAUAUAUACACACACACACACACACACACACCCCUUGUCACCGCUGUUGUGGCAUACCAAGGCUUUUUGUAAACCUUUGUGCACAACUGGAAAACUGGAAUGCACACCCUCCAAAUAAAGUAUUUUUUUAGCCCCCAGAGAACCUGACACCUGUACAUGGGUGGUAUCACUGUACUCAGGAGAUGUUGCUGAACACAUAUUGGGGUGUUCUUUGGAAGUAGCCCUUAAAGUUCUCAGUACAUGUAUUCUUAAAUUGCUAGGUGUGUCAAAAUAAAAAUCUUUUUUUUUUUUUUUGUAAUUUGGCAUAGAUUGGUGGUAAAAUGGUUGCACGAAAAGAGUCAAAAUACCCAAGGUGUAAUACCUUAGGUUGCCUGCUUUUAAAAAAUAUAUACAUAUGAAGGGUUAUUCAGGGAUUCCUGACAUAUCAGUGUUACAAUGUAACUUGCGUUUUGGUGACUAUAAAGCUUAAAGCUUGUGGAGAAGCAACUAACCCGAUGAUAAAUAUGCUGAAUCAGAUGAAAUUAAGAAAUACAUUACACACACCACAAUAAUCCUGUGUUAUAUAUAAAAGACUUCCAAUUCUGCAGGCUUGCUUGAGAGCUAUAGGUUAGCUCACAUAGGAGGUUGCUAGGACGCUGAAAGCAUCUAAUAUUUUACACUGUCAUUAGCUGCUCAUGUUUAUUAAAUUCCUACCACUUAACAAUAGGGACAUGUAUUUCCAGGCGCACAGCAAGCAGGGUUUUUAUUCCCACUCAGCCCUGCCACAGGCUAAUAUAGGGUUGAUCAAUAGGUGUUUGUCUUUCCCACCAGGAUAGGAUAGGCAGGUGUUGUAGAUUGGUGAUGGCCAGAGAAAUCUAUAUGUUGCACAGAGCGCUGGAACUAUGCUAGCAGUGAGGAAGUGCAAGAAGCAGUAGUAGCCACCAGCCAGUCCUCACACUCUGCAGAGCUGAAGUUCGCUGGCAUACAUCAUGACCCCAUCAGCCAAGACCGAGUGGAAAGGCAAUGUAUGGGUCAGUGUGUGCGUGUGUAUAUUAUACACACACACACACACACACACACACACACUAACCACAUUUAGGAUGGUUCUCCUGCUCGGUCACUCAACCAAUGCCAAAAAGUGAUUGCUAGGUUAGAGUACAGUCUUUAUUUUUAAACACUUAUUUCUAUUGAAAAAAAAAAAAAAAUUUAGUCUAACAGCAAAUACAUAUGCUAUUUUGUGUGCUUCAUUAAAGCAUAUUUAAUUAAACCCAUGAUAGUCCCACAUGCACACAUCAAAAUACAUAAAUUUAUUGAUUUCCAGCAGACAAAUUAUUUUUGGUAAAAGGGGCCAUAAAUAUAUUUAAAAGAAUAUCUACACAAGAAUUACAUUCACAACAUGCAUAUCCAAGAAUGGGUUCACUAGAAUAUGAAACCUGCUUAAAAGCCUCAAAAAUUCUAUAAUUUGAGGCUUUUAAGCAGGUUUCAUAUUCUAUAGUUCGACGCAAACACAAUAUCUAGCAAGGAUUAUAUCAUUUUGAUUCAAUAAAAUGACAAUGCAUAAAGAACGUCCUAAUGGGGGUGAUGGGAGAAGGUGAGCGAGAGGGGUCAAUAUAUGUCCAACAAAGCAACAUAUGUAAAAACGUUUUUUUAAUUAUUAUAAAAUUGUUUUUCAAUGGGAUUUUACCACACAUACGUAUUUCAGUGGUUACAAUUCAUGCUUUAAAACGCAUUAAACACAAGUGAUACGCGUAUAGACAUGUAACAGCAAUCUAGUCUACAGACGCCCAUUAUACAAACGUUCCAUGACUUCAUCUAACGGUUCUUUACUAAAGCCUGUUCUGCGUUGUCAAGAUUAAAUUAGCGCUUACCGCUGCAAUAUGUUUUCAAAAAACACAAAUUUACUCGUUGUUGCACUGCAGCCACCACCCUCGUAAUGAACACCUUCUGAAAAAGUAAGCAAAGCACAGAGUGCAAUGUUACGGCUCGAAGUCCAUCCAGUCCUGGGUACUACCAAGGCUGCCAGUUAACAUGUAAUAGACAUAUUCUCCAACCAAUAGCACGAAGC